ACAGGUAUAGUUUAUGAUGAUUACAGUUAAAAGCGUUAGUGGCCAAAGGUAUAAUUAAGCUUUUAACAUUUUAUAUAUAUAAAUAUAUGUUUGAGGGGGCUUGGUGAAGCUUAAUUAAUUUUAUGCCCUUGUCUACCACGUCGUCUCUAAAUCCUCCGACAAUGAAAUUUGGGAAGCCGUUUUCGAUACUAUCCAUACCAUCGAUAACAUUGGCUCCUCGUCUCCAUUCUCGCUGACUGUUGGCGUUGGAAACGCGCGAUUCGGACGAUCGCGUAAUUGCGGGGAACAGUUAAGGGCAGGGUGACAGAGGCGCCUAGUGAUUGGCUCAGAGCUGCCCCGCGGGACAGGUGGGUCCGACAGCUUUGCGCCGGUGACCAGCCAUUUCCCACACUCCACUCCAUCUUAAGACAUCACUUUCCCCAGAGCUCGACCUCGCCCUCCCAUCCGUUCUCAUCGCCAUGGCCCGCACUCGAGCCCAAAUAGCGGCCCAGAAGGGCCUCUCAUCGCCGGCGCCAAAACAUCAAGGAAAGCGCGGUCACCUCCAAGAGCAGCGCGCAACCAAGCGCACUGAACGCAAUUGCCCACGUCCGUCUAUAGCUAACGAGACGUUGUCUCACAAAGAUCCACCGGCGCCUGUCCAGAGCAGAGGUCGCAAGCGCAAGCAAUCAGUCGACGCGCUCGAGCCCAGUCCAGACCCAGCCCAGAAGCGACAACGGGCAUCCUCUACACCCCUUGCCAAAGACGCAUUUGGCGAGCUGCUUUCAAGGAAGCGCGAGAUCGAUAACCCCGCGGAGAGCAACCUGCCCCAAGCGAAACGAGUUCGAAGAGCGAAGGCGCGGGAGCACACGUUACAAGAGCAAGCCGGAUCAGAUCACGCCGAAUUCCACUUAUAUCCGACGGGCAGGGGGCUACAUCGAGAGAAUCUAACAGUAUCCAUCGAGCGCGAAGGCCAGAAGCAAUUGCGUGCAGUUGAGGAUUUACUCGAGCACACUUCAGACGAGUCCUCUCGGAAACGCCCACGAACGUCUCUUGGACAGCAAGAGGCGGCAAGCGGCGACACCGAGGAUUGGCGAGAUAUAAUCGAUUUCUGGAGGAGAGAAGGGUACUGGCCCAAGAAGUACUUUGAACAGGAUGACUAUAUAAGGAAAGAUUUCGAGAAGGAAUCCGAAGAUAGCUGGCUUAAGGAAAUGGAACGUUAUGAUCCAACCGUAAGGCUUCUUUUCGCGAAGAAGAAAGCCCCGACAUCUCUCCGCCGCAAGCGAUCUGGAUCUAACAGUUCCACGACGCCGAGCCAGGAUACGAUUCCUGCAAGUUCUAUGACGCCUAGCGAUCAGAAGCCGAGAGAGGAGAAGAGUGCCCCAUAUAGGGAUGCAAAGUACAUUCUAGUUCUCAAGACGCAAGGGGUAUUCAUGGAGAAGUCCGAAUUGGGCGUCACGGAUGCGAGCAAGCAGCUUUGCCGGAAUCUCCUUGAUUUUGACCAGGCAGUUCCUAGUGGCACUCUCUUUGGGGAUGAUGUGUUUGAGAAUGCUUGCAGAGACCUCGAGGGCAGGAAUGAGGCCAAGAUCAUUCAAGAUAUUUCCCGACUACUUGUUCCUUCAGCACAAGCAUUUGCUAUAUUCGGCGCUAAGCACCUCAAACGCCUCGUCGAAAGCGUCAACGAAGGCUGGAACAACUCGAUGCCCCUAACCGGGACUCGUCCUCAGCCUGACUAUUCCGUGGGGUUCAGGCGAGAGGCAUUCACCGACGACCAGCUCACCAAGCUGUCACCAUUUAUUGGCGACUUCAUCGUCGGGGACCAGUGUUUAUUCAUGGCCACGUACUACAUGUACUUCCCGUUCCUAACCUGUGAGGUGAAGUGCGGCGCCGCGGCGCUCGAUAUUGCGGAUCGUCAGAACGCCCACAGCAUGACACUUGCGGUGCGGGCCAUCGUCGAGCUCUUUCGUGCUGUGAAGCUUGAGGGUGAAGUCCACCGGCAGAUCCUCGCCUUCUCCAUCUCGCACGACCACAGGUCAGUACGAAUCUACGGCCACUACCCGGUGAUAACCGGGAAAGACACCAAGUACUACCGCCACCCAAUCCGCACGUUCGACUUUACAGAACUGGACGGAAAGGACAAAUGGACAGCGUAUCGAUUCACCAAGAACGUCUACGACACAUGGAUGCCCGCUCAUUUUAAGAAAAUCUGCUCCGCUAUUGAUAAACUGCCGAAUUUAGAUUUCGAUGUCCCAUCGCUUUCUGAGGCAACCGGGCUUUCCCAGGACUUGGGGAAUCUGAUGCAGUCGGAUGCCGGCGCCGCUUCUGUGCCUGUGGAAGGAGACAGCCAGUUGAGCAUCGCCGAGCAGCAUGCGGUCACUCCAGACACCUCAUUUACAAGGUCGGACGUGGCAAAGAGGAGGAAGGGCUAAGUCAAGGAGCAGGUGGGCCAUUUGGGGAGUCGAGACCUGAUGCCGCGAGGUAACGGCCAGGGACGAUCAUAUAAUCCCCGGGGUAGGCC